CCCUCUUCCUGGCUCUAAGUACAGGGAAAUCAUGGAGCUCUGUGUAACUUGGAGCUUGGGCAGUGUCAGCUCAUUCCUGUAGGGUACUACACAGCUGCGGAGGGGCUGACAGAACCCCCACACCUUGAGGUGCUGUCACUUGACACAGGGUCAUGCAGGUGCUUCUAGGAAUUCCUGGGAAAGUGACGAUGGUACUGUUGUAGUUACAGUUAAUGCGUUAUGUUCUUAACAGGAUUUUAUUGCUAGCGUGGCAUUUGCACUCAGAGUAGCACAGGAUUUCUGUAGGCAGAAUCAGUGUAGUACAAUUUUAUAAGUAGCAUAGAGCAUAAUUUUAUAGUAUCUCUUAGUUUGUGGUUUCUAAUCAUCUGGACUCUUUACAAAUCUGGUCAUAUCUUAAUAUAUGGCUUGCCAUAUCAGUAUAAUGGUUAUAAUGUAGACUCAAACAUACAUAAAAGAAGUUGAGUCAUUCACUUAGUCUUCAGAGGAAGCACAUGACAAUGGGGGUAUCCCUGGCUACUGAGGGGUCCUGGGUCUCACUGUCCACUAGCAGCUGUGAUUCAAGUUCCCACUUAGGAUUUGUAACUCCUUGAUUUUGUUGAUAGUGCUCUGGGUGCUGUUAAUACUUCCCUCCUCUGUGACGGGGUUAUCACCUCUGUUGGGUUGGCCAGGUGCCUGGGACCUUCAAGGACAGCACGGAAGAGAGUAAUCAGCCUAGUGCCAAGGAAUCUUGGAGGCCCAUGGGGAGGGAAGGCAGAAACCCAUUUGAUUUAUCUACUUGGUUCAGCGCCUGGUAACUAGGGAAAGGGUGACCCACUAAUAAGUGACCUCCUUGGUGACAGAGAAGGGCUGCUUGCCUUGUAAAAUGGUGUUAGUUAUGCUGACCACAUUGCUGGGGUCAGGAGCAGGUGCCAGGUGUCACUAAAUGCAUUUUUGUCUGUCUGUGUCUUGUCCUGCCAUACCCUGCCCUGCCUUAUGCACCGUUGUGCAGCCUGAGUGCAGGCUGAGUUUCUGCUCUGUGCUGAACAGACCCCCACUAUGGGUGUUGAGUGCAGAAAGAAAGGAGCACGAACGAAGCCAAGUCCUUCUACCCCAGCUGUGCUUUACCUGGGCAGAGUGUGUUUUCCUGCAGUGAGGAGACCACUUUGCUGAUGAGUAGGAGUGGGAGAGAUUUUCUCGUGGUGGUGGAAGGAGACUUGGCUGAGGAGCUGUGGAAUACUAGUAGGACAGAAGCCUCUUCAUCCUUCAUCAGAGAGGAGUCUCCAUGCUGUUUUCCUUGACUGUAGCUUUCACGUCUAUAACCUGCAUCAGAAGAAUGGCUUCACUUGCAUGCUCAUUGGAGAGAUCUUUGAGCUCAUGCAGUUCAUCUUUGUGGUGGCGUUCACCACCUUUCUUAUCAGCUGUGUUGAUUAUGACAUCCUCUUUGCCAACAAAGCAUUAAAUCACAGCCAGCAUCCCAGUGAGCCCAUUAAGGUGACUCUGCCAGACGCCUUCCUGCCUCCAAAUGUCUGCAGUGCAAGAAUCCAGGCAAACAGCUUCCUCAUCUGCAUCCUGGUGAUAGCUGGGGUUUUCUGGAUCCACCGACUCGUCAAAUUUAUCUACAACAUUUGCUGCUACUGGGAGAUUCACUCUUUCUACAUCAAUGCCCUGAAGAUCCCCAUGUCCACCCUGCCCUACUACACCUGGCAGGAGGUGCAGGCCCGCAUUGUGCAGAUCCAGAAGGAGCACCAGAUCUGCAUCCACAAGAAGGAGCUGACAGAGCUGGACAUCUAUCACCGCAUCCUCCGCUUCAAGAACUAUAUGGUGGCCAUGGUGAACAAGUCGCUGCUGCCCAUCCGCUUCCGCCUGCCCCUGCUGGGAGACACCGUCUUCUACACGCGUGGGCUCAAGUACAACUUUGAGCUCAUCUUCUUCUGGGGUCCCGGCUCCCUCUUUGAGAACGAGUGGAGCCUGAAGGCUGAAUACAAGCGGGCCGGGAACCGCCUGGAGCUGGCCGAGAAGCUCAGCACUCGCAUCCUCUGGAUUGGCAUUGCUAACUUCCUCCUCUGCCCCCUCAUCCUCAUCUGGCAGAUCCUCUACGCUUUCUUCAGCUACACGGAGAUCCUGAAGCGGGAGCCGGGCAGCCUGGGUGCCCGCUGCUGGUCUCUCUACGGCCGCUGUUACCUCCGUCACUUCAACGAGCUGGAUCACGAACUGCACUCGCGCCUCAGCAAGGGGUACAAGCCAGCUUCCAAGUACAUGAACUGCUUUAUCUCCCCGCUUCUCACCAUCGUGGCCAAGAACGUGGCCUUCUUUGCUGGCUCCAUCCUGGCUGUGCUCAUCGCUCUCACCAUCUAUGAUGAGGAUGUGCUUGCGGUCGAGCACGUCCUGACCACGGUCACCCUGCUCGGGGUGGGCAUCACGGUGUGCAGGUCUUUCAUCCCUGACCAGCACCUGGUCUUCUGCCCAGAGCAGCUGCUACGAGUCAUCCUGGCACACAUCCACUACAUGCCCGACCACUGGCAGGGCAACGCCCACCGCUAUGAGACCAGGGAUGAGUUUGCCCAGCUCUUCCAGUACAAAGCGGUCUUCAUCCUGGAAGAGCUCCUGAGUCCCAUCAUUACCCCCUUGAUCCUCAUCAUCUGCCUGCGGCCCAAGUCCUUGGACAUUGUUGACUUCUUCCGUAACUUCACCGUGGAGGUGGUGGGUGUGGGUGACACCUGCUCCUUUGCCCAGAUGGAUGUGCGCCAGCACGGCCACCCUGCGUGGAUGUCAGCAGGAAAGACGGAGGCCUCCAUUUACCAGCAGGCUGAGGAUGGCAAGACGGAGCUAUCCCUCAUGCACUUUGCCAUCACCAACCCCAAGUGGCAGCCACCCCGUGAGAGCACAGCCUUCAUCGGCUUCCUGAAGGAGCGGGUGCACCGGGACAGCAGCGUGGCCCUGGCUCAGCAGGCUGUGCUCCCUGAAAAUGCCCUCUUCAGCUCCAUCCAGUCGCUGCAGUCGGAGUCAGAGCCUCACAGCCUGAUUGCCAAUGUGAUAGCGGGCUCCUCAGCACUGGGCUUCCACAUGAGCCGGGACGGACAGGCUUCCCGCCAUCUCUCAGAAGUGGCCUCGGCUCUGCGUUCCUUCUCCCCACUCCAGUCUGCCCAGCAGCCUUCCAGUGGCUUCCAGGCAUCAGGAAGGGAUGGAGAAGGAGCCCAGCCUCGUGGUGCCACUGCCAUGACAGCCUCUGGUGCUGAUGCAAGGACUGUGAGUUCGGGGAGCAGCGCCUGGGAGGGUCAACUGCAGAGCAUGAUCCUGUCGGAGUAUGCCUCGACUGAGAUGAGUCUUCAUGCACUCUACAUGCACGAGUUGCACAAGCAGCACGCCCAGCUGGAGCCCGAGCGGCACACUUGGCACCGGCGAGAGAGUGACGAGAGUGGGGAGAGUGCCCAUGAGGAGCUGGAUGCUCAGCGGGGUGGCCCUGUCCCCAUUCCCCGCUCUGCCAGCUACCCCUUCUCCUCCCCACGGCAGCCUGCCGAGGAGACAGCCACGCUGCAGACGGGUUUCCAGCGGCGAUACGGUGGCAUCACAGCCUCUCUUGCAGACCCAGGCACAGUGCACAGAGCCCCAUCACAUUUCUCACGCCUUCCUCUGGGAGGCUGGGCCGAGGACGGGCAGUCAGCGAGGCACCCAGAGCCCGUGCCAGAGGAGAGCUCGGAGGACGAGCUUCCGCCACAGAUCCACAAGGUAUAGCCUGGUAGACUGGGGAUCUCAUGGGGCUUGCAGAUUGGGAGCCACCUGGACAGCAGGAUGUGGCAUCGGCUUGAUUCUUCUCCUGUCCUGAGUGGACAUUUUGUUGCCAUCAAUUUCUGAAGAGACAAAACUGCCAGGCCGGCGUCUUUGCUGUGGCACCUUGUGUCCAGCCAUGUGUCAAGUCAACGCCACUCUGACUUGUGGGGUGAAUGCGUGUGUGAGUACAUACAUGUGUCUGUGUUCACAUCUGUGUCGUCCGUGUCGGAGGAUCUCUGCAGAGCCUGUGGAAGCUGACGUGACAGGACUAGCAGUGAGGAGCUGCUGGUGGACUGGUUUGGAGGUGGCAGCAGCAGCUGCUCUUCAGAGGGAUGUGAGAUGGCAUCAGCCCCAUCCAGAUGUGCACCUGAAGCUGGGACCUGCCACCAAAAUGAGGGCAGGAGUAGCUGAGGGAUGGUCUAGCUCAGCCUGUAGCACCACACUGCCCUGCCUGCAACCCUGAGAACGUGCCUAGGACCACGUUAGUCCUCCCAGAGAGGAUCAGUGUCGUGCCUCUCAGCCCAGAGCAGGACAACAGCGGGGCAGUCACCCACCCCUCUGUACAGCACCCUGCAGAGGGAUGGGCCCUGGUGGCUACUGCUGGUAUGAGUACAGGUGGGAUAUAGAGCUCUUGGGAACAGCUCUGGUUCGAUCCAGGGAUGCUGCAGCUCUUCCCUGCCUCAUGACAGCUGGCUCAUUCCCUGCAUGCAAGAAAGGAUCACUGGAGUGACGCCUCUGUGCUAGGGCACCAGCAUCCUCCCCAUGUAUGGCACCCAUGGAAUGUGGGCUACUAGUGGGCCCUCCUGCAGUGCCAAAGGGACCCCUUUGGCAGAGUGGAGCAGCCCAGCAUCUUCCAGGAGUGCUCACAGCCCCCUCAGAGCCCAACCUGAAGGUCUUGUGCUCUGUGUGUUGGUUCCUUUUCUCCAGACACAAAAAAGGCCUUUUUCCUCACGUCCAGGUGCUGUUGCAUUGGUUUUUGUCCUUCUGAUGCAGCUGUUCCUGCAGAACUGGGCCUUUCCUCUUCCCCAGCAAAGGCUUUGGUUCAUCUCUAAUCAUGCCCAGAGGUUUCCAGCUCCUCCUUUCCUCCUGAAAUUUCCUUUCACUUACAACAUGGUUUCAGCUGCUCUGGACACCAUAUAUCACGCAGCUGUCUCAUGCCUGGCAGAGUAAGGAGGGGCAUCCUGAACCCAGAAGGGAGAGGGACACCUCAGUCCAGGCUUUGGAUGGUGGUGGGGAAUCAGGAUCCCAGCUGUGCAAUAUGGCCUCAGACAAGACCUUCCCACCAUCCUUCUGUUUUCCCUCUUUUCUCUUUGCAGCUUCUGGGGAAUUGCAUCCCAGCUAACUCCUGCCCAUGACUUACUUUCCGGGAUUCCCCUUGCCUCUGGCAGGGGCUGCUUGCUUUUGCCAUGCCCUCUGUGAGCACUGCACAUCCUCUGCUAUCUCUGGAGUCCAGGGCUAUCCCUCUUCUGCCAAGGUUAUUGCCCUCUGCCCUUUGAGCCUGCUGCCAGCACUUCUGCAUGCGGGUAGCCUGGGCAUGAGCAGGGCCAGGGGCUUGCACAGGGGCAGGCUCUUUGGGUAGCAGGCUCCUUGUUGCCGCAGGGAGGGCUGGGCAGGGCUGGAGCUACAACUGCUCUGGGGUCUGUAUGAGAUCAAACAGAGUGUUCUAAAGGAGAGCUCAGGGUGGGGAUCAGCUCUUCAGUGCCGGGGUCAGGAUUCUGUGGACCUGGGUGCUGCGGGGGUCCUUCCAUGGAGAAGUGGCUGCAUCCGUUCCACAGCAGCUUCAACUUGGGGCUGUCAUGGCUUGGUGAAAGAAAGCAGAAAGCAAAUCUCCCUGGAACCCAGAUAUUCCAGUGGCUUCUCUUGGUGCCCGGGCUGCUGCCUCCCCUCUCUGGGCCUAUGGGACACUUCAUCUGGGCUUCCUAAUGGAGUUGCUGCUGUCUGUACAGCUGAACGACUGGAGACAGUGCCCUGGGCCAGGGGGAAACUCAGGAUCUUUCCCUGGGCUGGCAGGAGGGAGAGGCCAGGCAUAGCAGGCCCAAGUCUUUGCCGCAUGUUUUGCUUGUGUCGUCAGUGUCCCAUGUGCAUGGCGAGCCACUCUUUCUCAUCUCCUCCCGAGAUGUGCGGGCACGGGGGUCCCUGGGGAGUGCGGUAUCAUACCCCCAUGCCCUCGCUGUACAGCUGUAUAGCCGUCUAAUAAAGAUGGGGUGUAUCAUC